GACAGGGACUGUGAGGUGAAACAACUGGAUGCAGAAUGGUGGGGUGUUGGAAGCGCUCAGAAACCAGUUUGGAGGAUCCACAAUGCAUGCAUUGUGGCCCCAUAGACUCCUCCAGGUUUCCUCACAGAGUGUUCUGGGGCAGCCUCACUGCCACAGUGCUCAUCAUUAUCAUUGCCCUCAUCGUCAGUGGGAAGGUAGCUCUUCAGCCAGAAACAGAGUCUUCGUUGCAGGUUGUCCGAAUCACAGUUCCUGAUGCCCCUGCUUCUUUGAUCAAUCAGUCUGCCUUAGUGGACAAACACAACAAUAUAGUGACCUAUUAUGUGACCUCGCAAACCAACCACACCUCUACAGUACUGUUUGACAUCAAUCAUGGGUUAAUAUGCUACAAGCCUGACGACCAGGAUACCUGUUUUCUUCGCCAAAUGGAGACAUCAGAUUAUGAAAACAUGCAUGUUCUCCUCAAUGAGUCACAGCAACAGAUGAGUCAGGUUUGGCUGGUGGGAAAUGAGACUCAGAGACACACUGAGUUUCUGGGCGUUUUGGCAGGUAGUCAUGUGAAAGCCUCAACACUCCAGGAGCCACUGCACACCCUCUGUCAGCAAGGACCUGUGUACUGGACAAGGAAAGCUGAUGGUCCCAAGGAAAGAUUAAUUUACUUCUGCAUUGACAUCUGCUUCCCCAGCAACGUUUGCGUGUCUGUGUGUUUCUACUACCUGCCAGAAUGAGCCUCCGUUCUAAGAGCGUGUGAACACAGUGGGGGGAUACACGGUCCCUCUCUCAGACUUUGAUAAGGAGGAGACUCUUAUGUUGUCAUUGCUGAGAGAAAGUGGAGAUGCUGCUCACGAAACACAGACUAUUACUCUGACAAGGCAAUCAGAAGCAUCCUGUUAUGUUAUCUGCAAAGUCCUAUUCAUCACUUUUUCCUGAAGAUGUUUCCAUUUUAUUCAACUCAAACACUCAUUGCUGCUUGUAUUUCUUGUAACCUGAUGCAGAUGAGUAACUGAAAGCACUGUUGGUCUACAAUAAAGUACC